UGCGUGCUUAACGGUCUGGAACAACUUAAUGCAGGUUGAUGACCAUACUGCCGAGAUGGCAAGCCAGAUCUGACAGUUUCACACAGUUAUAGUGAUUGUUAGCAUGAAAAUCAUCAAGGAAAUACUUAACCAUCAGAGCAACCGUCAACCCCGCUUUUAGCGGGAUAGAGAUGUGCAACCAAUGAAUUUUAGAUGCGUCUGAUCACAUAAGCGAUUGGUGACUGCAAGUUGCAGAUGUUCCAACUGUCCAUGUUCCUCCGAGUCUCUCGUCGUUUAGCCAGCUCUGGGGCGACACCUCGAUACGAGAAAGGAUCUUCAGAGUAUUGUACGACAACAUUCCGCAACAUGACCUCAGCCGAAAAGCAGUUUACGGUCGCGAUAGUAGGCGGCGGAAUCGGAGGCCUCGCGCUGGCUGCAGGGCUCUUGCGCCGCAAUGUGCCUGUUCAAAUUUAUGAAGCCGCUCCCGAGUUCAAAGAGAUCGGGUUGGGUUUGACGAUAGGGCCUGCAGCUCACCGUGCAAUGCCCUUGAUUGAUCCGCAGAUCCGCGAGAUAUAUGAUUCGCUCAUCACGACCCAUGCGGACAGUCCUGGGUAUGAGCGGUUCAAACAGACCUGGUUUGAAGUUGUCUGGGCGUCAGGUCCAAAAUCCGGCCAGACUCUCAUGGACUUAAAGGCCUUGCCCUCGGGGCAAACCACUGUACGGAGAGCGGAUUUCUUGGACGCCUUGGUUGGGCUGAUACCAUCUGAGAUUGUGCACUUUGGAAAGAGGUUGAUCAAGCUAGUUGAAUCGCGGACCGGGGUGGAUCUGUACUUUGAAGAUGGUACCUCUGCAACAGCGGAUGUGGUGGUCGGUUGUGACGGGAUCCAUUCAAAAGUCAUGGAGUUUAUGCUACCGGAGGAGUAUGAGCAAACCAUUCCACGGUACAGCGGAAUGUACGGAUAUCGCGCAGUCUUGGACAUGGAGACGAUGGUUGAAGCGGUCGGUGAUCACCGUGCUCGAGUAGCGACCAUGUAUGUUGGAGAUGGUGCAUAUGGGAUUUCGUAUCCCAUCAUGCGCGCGAAGAAGGUCAAUGUAGGUCUCUAUGUCUUGCACGAUAAGUGGGACGACGAAGCUUGGGUUCGCCCGGCUAGCAAGGACGAUAUGCGGAGGGACAUGAAGCAUAUGGGGGCAUAUGUCAAUCGGCUGGUCAAGUAUAUGCCGGAUCCCUCGCAGUGGGCCAUAUUUGAUCAUCCGCAUUUGUCCACCUUUGCGAGAUCGCGUGUAGCGAUUCUCGGGGACGCGGCUCAUGCUUCCACUCCACACCAAGGAGCAGGAGCAGGACAAGCAAUUGAGGAUGCACAUGUACUGGCAGAGCUUCUUGGGGAUGCGAGGGUAAUUGAAGCAAGAAAUGCCCUUGCAGCAUUUCAGGCAUACGAUGCAGUACGACGGCCGCGCAGUCAGAGGGUGGUAACCAGCAGCAAAGAGAACGCAUACAUGUUGUGCUUACGCCUGGAUGGAGUAAAAGAUGACGAGGAAAAGUUGAGAACAACUUUUGAAGAACGGUUACGGUGGCUUUGGGAUAUUGAUAUCCAGGACCAAGCAGAGAGGGCAAGGCGGAUCAUGGUGAAGCAAAUGGAGCAGAUACAAAAGAGCUCGAAUUGUGUAUCAAGAAGCGAGUGA